AUGCCUCGGGGCAAGCUAAAGAAAAGCACAGGAAUGAUAACACUGCAGCAUCGGAAUUCUGGCCCUGUGCACACCGGGCCCCGCAUUCCCUGCCCACCUCCCCGCGGUGGGGGCCCAGGAUGCCCACGCCCAGGCCGCUGCUUCCUGGGGCUCCGGUCCUGCCUCCUGUCGGGGUCCUCCGAGCGCACGGACGUGGGGGCCGCUCUCGAGCCCACACUUGCCUUCACGGUCGCUCCCACGCUGUCUCCACCUGGCAUGUCUGCUGUUCCUGUUGGGCAGAACGUUCCUCU